UUGAAUCUUACUCAGGUUUCACAGUAUACUCCGCUAGGCCGUGAAUGCUCUAGAAAAAGUCUGCCUUCGAUUAUAUCAUACUCAACGAUAAGUUUGCAGGUUCAAUCUCACAUUGUAUCUACAUGAAGUGGAUAGAGGUCAGAAUGGCCCACUGGGCUUGUUGCUCCUGUCACACAAAUUUAGCGUGACAGCGGCCCAGGUAGCAGCGUGUUCAGUUUGCUGCCGAAGGGGUUGCUUGGUGGCGAAAAAAUAUUUGGCCUGCUUUCUUGUGAGCGUUGGUUGUCGCGCUCCGCAAUGAAUCCCCACUGUCAAGAAGAAACACAAGACAGUUGAUUCAUAUGCAUUCCGUUCGUUCAGAUAUGGGUUUCGAAUGCCUAUGCUUGAGUGGUUUAGCACCCUUUCUCAAAGCAACCGACAAACUGCCGCUGUUUUUCAAGUUUAGAAUCCUUCAUAUAGUUGUCAAACAUGGCGGAGGCCCAAUUGCCUUUUGAGAGGUGGUUGUACGAGUACUGUUCUGCAGCCUGGUUUUUGGUGACAAGCAACGUGUGUACAGGGCAGUGACGAGAGGUUCGAUGGCGUCCUGUUGAAGGCCAAGAGUCAACACUGCAAUCGGGUUCCAUCGACAGCAUCCUGGACGCUUUCUUCGGUUUCUUGCAGAGGAAGACAGACUUUUUCACCGGGGCGCAGGAUGAGCAGGCAGCUGAACAGAUGGUGCUCAAGUACUACAAGAAACAUUGGAAGGUUGGACAGAAGAAGCGGCAGGAGCAGCAGGAGCGCAAUCGAGCUGCUGAUGAAGAGAGAAAAAGGAAAGCUGACGAGAAGAAGCUGAAGGAUGAAGCAGAGUACCGAAAGCGGAUGGAGGAGGCGGAAAAGAUGAAAAACGUGGCGCAAAAAAAGAGGAAGUCACAGACGAAGAAGCUAGCAAGAUCAAGGCUAGCAAAGAAAAGGAUUACGAAGAGGCAAAUUAUGAAGAUAAAGAGGAUAAAGAGCCUCCUCCACUUGGCAAUGGGGGCACCACAGACAAAUACACCUGGACACAGACGCUUAGCACGCUGGAGAUCUUUGUUCAUGUGCCAAUAUGUGCCACCAGGGGUGAAGGCCAAGGAGAUCGUUUGUGACAUUGGAGGAGAUACCUUGAAACUAGGCACUUCACACAACAAGGAAACUCGACUCUAGACACGACUGGGAGGUGUCAAAGGAGCGCCUCUAAUUUUGAAUGGCAAGAUGCAUUCAAAGGUGGCUUGGAGACAUUGAAGUUUGUGGUACCGUUGUCCAAAGUGAGAAGACUUCACUGAAGACACUAAGGCUAUAGUGCCUUCCCAAAA